ACCUUCACCUCUAAUUGACGAUAAAGAAGUUAUUUAAGUGUUGUUUUAUACCGGACGAGUUUAGGAAUUCCACUUUGUUGGUUGUGAUAUCGACCGCUGCAGUCAGGUUUGUUCUUUGUUGAACGUUUGUGGUUUUUAGAAUUGCUCCGAUUGCCCCAGGAAGAUUUCCAAAAUGAGGUUGGCAGCCCUAAUUUCCGUUAUGGUCGUGACCACACUGGCUUACUCCACUGAUUUUUCAACCACUGAGACCGUAAUAACUGAGGAAGGAGCUCUUGAGAACUUCGUGAAGGGCAAUUUGCAGUUUACGGCCAAGCUGUAUAAUGAAGUCUUAAGAGAAAACCCAAACAAAAACUUCAUCUUCAGCCCAUUCUCGAUCGAAGUCAUCUUAGCCCUCACAAGGGCCGGCGCCAAGGGCUUGACAGCCAACGAAUUCUCUUCGGCCCUUAACUUCCCCAGCGAAAAAGAAACAGAAAUGGCUCUAAAAAAAUAUUUACCAACCCUUAAAUCAACCGAUGAGGGUGUAAAGCUGCUUUCGGCCAACAAAUUGUAUUUAGGAAAGCAGUUUAAGAUCUUGGAUUCAUUUAAGAGUCUCGCAGUGAACACUUUUAAUGCUGAUAUUGAGAAUGUUGAUUUCGCUCAGGGGGCUGAGGCAGCUGAAAAGAUCAAUAAUUGGGUAGAGAACCAGACCAAUAAUAAAAUCAAAGAUCUCAUUUCACCUGAUGCCAUAAAUGUACUCACUAGGCUGAUAUUGGUGAACGCAUUGUACUUUAGUGGUAAGUGGGCCUUCCCCUUUGAAAAGGACACCCGCAAAGAAAAGUUUUACUUAUCCAACACCAAGUCCAAGGAAGUCGAUAUGAUGUAUAUUGAAGAAUCUUUUAGGUACCAUGAAAACCGUAAACUGAACGCAAAAUUCUUAGAAUUGCCUUAUGAAGCCGAAAAUGUGUCGAUGAUUGUGGUGUUGCCCAACGAGAGGGAAGGUCUGGCUUCCCUAGAGGCGAACCUCGAAGAGGUUUUGAGGCCUCAGCCCUUGGACUGGCAACGGGUUUACGUGAAAAUGCCCAGCUUCUUGGUGGAGAGCGAGUUAAAGUUAAAACCGAUUUUGCAAAGAUUGGGUGUGAGAACUGCCUUCUCGGAUUACGCCGAUCUGAGCGGCAUAUCAGCCGAAGCCCUUAAGAUCGACGACGUUUUUCAAAAGGCGUUUAUAAACGUCACGACGGCGGGAACGGAAGCAGCAGCGGCUACUUUCGUAAUAACAACCGAUAGGAUUUCAACGGAAAUACCCGAAAACUUUCACGCGGAUCAUCCAUUUUACUUUUUCAUUAAGGCUCACGAUUCCGUAGUUUUCAUUGGACGAUUUUCUCAGUAGAUUUACAAUGUGGAAUCAUCUUAGUUCAUAUUGUGCCGGAGUCUCUUCCACUGCCCAGCGAGUAUUUGUUCGAGGCAAACCAUCCCUUUUUCUACUACAUCACGUUUAAUAAUGUCGUCAUAUUGGCUGGACGGACUUCGGCAGAAUAAGGGAAUAAGAAUAGUUAUUCAUAAUUUUACAUUUUUCUUAAUGUGCAUUUUAAUAAAAUAAACAAGUAUUUUAGAA